UUGUGUUUUAUUUUAAUGGGAUAAUUAUAAUAGUGUGAGUUGACAUAAGUAUAUUUAUUACAUAUAUUAAAAAUAAACCUAAAGUCUACUACAUAUCUAAUCUAGAAUCUAGACAUAUCUAAGAAAAGCAAGGAAAGACAUUAAACAAAGUGAUGGAUGGCGUGAUGUUCCAUCCGUUCCUACAUCAAAAUCUCCAUCGUCUUCCCCAUUCCUCAACCAAAAUGGCGCUGGAUGUUGCAGAGCUUCACUUACCCCCUCCCACUCCCCUCUCUCCAUCCCCACAAUCUACAGCUUCAACUACUGAUUCUGCUUUGAGUUGGGCCUCAUUUUCCACCCUUCACGAAUCUCUUCCCGAAUCCCCUCGCAUCUACGAUUUCUCCCAAAUUAACGCCGCCACGAACAAUUUCCUCAACAAGCAAUACUCUGCCGCCUCUUCCACGCCUUCCUGGCGGUGCACGCUCCACGGCAAGGAUGUCCUGAUCUUCCAGCGCAAGUUCCAGCGCCAAAUCGAGCUCCAAGAUUUGAAACAUCGCUUCCACAAGAUUUCUCGAAGCCACCACAUGAGUAUAAUCAAACUCCUCGGCGCUUCCUUCUCAGGGGAAUAUCUCUACCUGGUUUACGAUUUCGUCAACGGAGCAAGCCUCGCCGAUUGUUUGAGGAACUCUCGAAGCCCUAAUUUCACUGUUCUAUCCACUUGGAUUUCCAGGAUGCAAGUUGCUACAGAUCUGGCGCACGGCCUCGAUUACAUCCACAAUAAAUCAGGGCUAAACAUGAGCCUCACGCAUAAUCACAUAAAGAGCAGCAGUAUUGUAGUAACAGAGCCUUCGUUUAACGCCAGGAUUUGUCACUUUGGCGCAGCGCAACUCUGCAAUGAGGAUGAUUGGAACAAUAUAGAAGGUGAAAAACCUUCGGAUUCGAGGAUGAAGGCAGAGUUGAAAGAUAAACGAUUGCAGAAAUUGAAAAGUGGGAAAUUACAGAUAAAGGGGGCUAGAGGAUACAUGGCACCAGAGUAUAAAUCCACCGGCGUCGCGACGCCGAUGACCGACGUGUACGCAUUCGGUGUGGUGAUAUUAGAGCUAUUGUCUGGAGAGGAGCCUCUGAAGUUCGAAUUCGAUAAAAUUGAAGGCAAUUUCGUUAGGGUUUCGUUGAUCGAGAGCGCCAUGGCAGUGAUCGAAGGUGACGAUGAUGAGGAGUCACGGUCACGGGCGGGUAAAAUUAGCAGCGCCUUUGGCGUGGAAGGGAGGUUGAGGAGGUGGGUUGACCACAGGCUAAACGAUUCGUUUCCGGUACACGUGGCAGAGAAGGUUGCGCGAUUGGCUAUUCAAUGUGUCCACGUGGACCCGUGUAAACGGCCUAAUAUGGCUCGCGUGGCAAGCAAAAUUUCCAAGUUGUAUUUAGAAUCAAGAAUUUGGUCAGAUAGUGUGGCAAUCCCUGCCAACGUGUCAGCCUCCCUACUAGCUCCUCGCUGAACCAACUUAGUACUGUUGAUGUAAGUGUAACUAUCUAUAUUAAAUAUAAUCAAAUCAUUUCACGUUUAUCGCCAAA